AUGGCGGACCCUCUGCCUACCCAAUCGGAAACUGCAGACCGACCGAGUCCGCCAAAACGAAAGUAUUCCCGGCCUUCGUGCGAUUCAUGCGUGCGACUAGGCGCGGAAUGUAUUUACCAGGAAAGUGAUCCCUCAACGUUUGAUCCUGCCAGUCUUGCCAUUCUAAAACGACUGGAUGAUCUGGAAGUCCUGAUUCAAACCAAAACAAACGACCCGUCUCCAUUGUCUCUGGUGGAAUUUCCAUCGACUUCGCCCUCUGACCCUCGUGGUGAUUUGAGCUCCUCUGCAACCGACCGAAGAAUUCCACGGAAACUGCCUUUUAUCACAAUUGAGACAGUCCUGGAAUGGCCCGUAUUUGAUGAUUGCAACUUUUCUCGGCAUUUCCACUUGCUGGAUGCCUUUGAAGAAAAUACACAUGACAGGGCAGGCCCAAUCUCGGUCGAUUUUGACCUGUAUAACACCGACAGUCUUUUUCGGGAGUUCUUUGACAACGUCCACAUUUUCAAUCCCACCCUAGAAGAAGAAGAGGUCAGGGAAUAUGUCAAUAUUGUUCGUUUGAAUGGUAUUGGCUGGGACGCCAUGUCCUGCCUUCUGCUGUUGAUCUAUGCCCACGGCUCUAUUGCAACUCCGUUUGUAAAGAACGGACGAGGAGUAUCACCAGCUUCAUUCGGAAAAUCAACACCUUUCCUCCAAGCUGAAGCCUACUUUUGCGCGGCGCGAAAGCGCAUGGGCCCGUUGCUCUGUAGCAGUGGUGUGAUUGAAGCGCAAUGUUUCUUCUUGGCCGGUGCUUAUCUUAUGGCAACCUUACGACCUGUCGCAGCCUGGAGAAUGUUUGUACAGGCAUUGGCCUGCUGCCAGGGGUUUUCCCUCCGGCAGAGGAAUGGCCCUCGUGGACAAAAUGAAUCGAGCACUAAACAGAGGAUCUACUGGACUUGUUUCAAAUCUGAGCUAGAACUCCGUUUGGAGUUGAACGUCUCACAAACAGGUGUCUUGGAUCUCAGCUAUCCAAUCCUAUUCCCUUCACCACCCGAGCGACUCAAAUCAAAGGAUGAAGCUACGUGGUAUUUCUAUCUCGCCGAAAUCGCUUUACGGAGGCUGAAAAACCGUAUCCUGGACUCUCUGUACCGACAUGACUCGGCAAGCCCCGAGUUCACCAUUGAACAUGCCAUCUUUGACUUUGAAGAGCAAACAGACGCAUGGCUGGCAUCACUACCCGAAACAUUAGCUCUCGGCGUGGUCAACCCCGACACAGACCAAUACGAACCCUUUCGUUUCAUCCUCAGCGGCCAUUUCCUCGACUGUCAAGAGACGAUGUACUGGCACUUUGUAGUAGAGGGCAUCCAUGGCCGAGUAUCUAGCAGCAACGAGCAUUUCGUUCGGAAGGGCUUAAAAGUAUGCGUGGACAGGAUCCAGCAAAAUAAGACGGGUUUCUAUCACCGACAUCACGGGACGUGGCUGAUGCUUCGAUCUUGUACGCGAAGCGCUUUGGUGUUGCUUGCUGCCAGACGGUGUGUCGAGCUUGCUGGGUUUCUAUCGCUGGGUUGGAAGGAAGCGGUGCUUGACGUAACGAGGAUGCUGGCUUUUUGGAAGGACGAAUCUGGGGAUAUAUUGGAGAUGCUGAACGUUUUGCAGGCAUUGCUAGAUGCUGACGAUGCAGCUAUGUGA